GGGAGUGACAUAAAUACUAGACGAUGAUUGGUUUUUCAACCUCACAAAAAACCUCCCCGGAUUCCCUUUUUCAAAAGAGGAAGUAAGUUCAUUUUGCUGUUACUUGACAUGGCGCCUGGAAGUGUUUGGAGAUUAAUUCGUCACUGUAACCUUGCUUCCCUUCGGUAUGUGGGGUGCGCGUUAUGGCAGCAGAAAGCACCUGUGGCCGUGGGGGCCGCGGUGACCAGUAGACAGUUCUCUAGCGAUGCUCCCCCGCAGAACAUCAGCCGAUACCCGAUUCCAAACAAGAAAGACCUGCCAUUCGACAUGUUAGAACUAAUGGAGGAGGUGGAGACCAAGGGAGGCUUCCUUCCCAAUGUCUUCAAGGUCCUGGCACAUCGUCCAGCAGAGUUCCGUGCUUUCUUUUCCUAUUACAAUGAACUGAUGAACAAGGAGACAGGGGGACUAACGAAGGCUGACAGGGAGCUGAUUGUGGUCGCCACCAGUAUCCACAAUCAGUGUCUCUACUGCGUCGUGUCCCACAGUGCACUGCACCGCAUCUACUCUAAGAAACCCACACUGGCUGACCAGGUGAUUGUAAACUAUGAGAACGCAGAGCUGUCUCCUCGGGAGCGGGUCAUGCUGGACUUUGCUCUGGCCGUGUGUCGCAGCGACACCGUCACCGACCAGCACUUUCUGUCCCUGGAGGAAGUGGGCUUUGACCGGGAGGACGCCUGGGACAUCGCUGCCAUCGCUGCUUUCUUCGCCAUGUCCAACCGGCUGGCCCACCUGACCGACAUGAGACCCAACGCAGAGUUCUACAACAUGGGCCGUAUGCCCCGGGACAAGACCAAGUGGGAGGGAGAGGGCAAGUAGUGAGGUGACAAGGGAUACAGAAACCAUCACAGACUAAGUUUCUUCCUAUUGAUUUUUAUGGGUGACCUAACCAGACUCAAGAGACCAGGGGACCUAUCUAAGCGUGUGAUAUCAAAUGUGACCGUUUAGUGCCGGUCUGCCACACAAUAUCUACAGUAGAACCUGUUCAUGUUACUUUGUGGAGGUCUCUGGGCUCAAUUGUUAACUGAGGAUUUUGAAAUGUUAGAAAGAUAUGUUAAAUUGAGUUUGGCGUGCAAGUAUGUGAAAAUCAGGGUAUAUAUCUCUGUAAUAUUCACUCUAGGACAGGUGUUUGGGAUGUCUGUCUGAUAGUCAGGCAGUAACACUUGGUAACAUAAUGGACCACUCAAUGCUAUGCAAUGACAAUAAAUAAUAUAUAUCUUC